AUGAUCAUUGGUUCUCUAAUGAAUCUUGGCACAUGGUUUCGUUUAUUAUCCUUAAUUUCACCAACAAAUGGUUAUGCAUGGCUAGUACUCGGUCAGAUAUUCCCCGCACUGAGUCAACCGUUUUUCACAAGUACGUGUGCCAUGUUCGCCGCACGUUGGUUUUCAAAAAAUCAACGCGAUUUAGCAACAUCGAUCACUUCCAUGGCGAAUCCGCUUGGCGUAGCCAUUGGUUCCUUAAUACCAUCUCUUAUUGUUACCGAUGCACAAUUCACACAGUUUCUCAUAUUACUGCUCGUUGAAGCUGGUUUCAUCACACUGGCAACACUAUUAAUAAUCUUAUUCUACAAAUCGUCUCCUCCUACACCUCCAUCGCGUUCACAGCAAGUAUCAACAGUAAAGAAGUCUACUCUUUGGAAAGAUUCUAUAAAAUUACUAAAGAAUAAGGACUAUCUCAUACUAUUGUUUUCGUUUUCAAUUGGCUUAGGCUUAUUUAGUGCAAUUACUACAUUGUUAGAACAGAUAAUUGAGCCAUGUGGUUAUACUUCCAAUGAUGCGGGCGUCUUUGGAGCAAUAAUAGUUGUUGUAGGUCUCAUUGGAGCAGGCCUCAUUGGCGUUAUCAUGGAUAAAACACACUAUUAUCGUUUGAUACUCAAAUUAUUGGUAGUUCUUGCCUGUUGUUCAGGCAUUUAUUUUAUUCUGGUAUUAAGACCAAAUAUGUAUUAUCCUUUAGCAGUAUCUUUCGGUCUAUUGGGUCUAUUCCUGUUACCAUUACUACCCGUAGUAUUUGAGUGCUCGAUCGAAUGUACUUUUCCAAUUGAAGAAAAUUACUCGAACGGCAUACUAAUGUGUUCUGGGAACGUUCUAGGUGGGAUUUGUAUCUUUAUAUUAGACUAUUUGAUUAAUCCAACUUAUACAACAGUGUUUACAUCAUCGUCUAUAUUUUUAUUUUGUUUAUUUAUAUGUGCAAUGGUUGUACUCUUAUUUUAUAAUGGACCCUAUUUACGUAUAGAAGCUGAACAACGACAAUUAGAAGUAUCAGCAAUGGAAGAACAACCGCAAGUUCAAAUUAGCUGA